UCGGUUUCUAAAAAUAGAAUUCCACACUUAUUAGAUUGUAAGACAGCCGGGUCAGUAUAUAGGGCGUGUAAACAUUGGCCGAUAUGGAAGCAUACAAGAAUUUCUCUGACGUGAAGGAUUCCACUAGUUCCGAGGAACACCCACGGGUGGUGCUGCCGGCGCUAUGUCAGAAGUUCUACGGGCUCGGGUGGAUGUAUGGCACGGGUGGGGCGCUCAGUAUCAAGUGCGGUGACAAGCUAUUCACGACUCCGUCUGGGGUGAACAAGGAUCUGGUCAAGGGUGAGGACCUGUUUGUGACGACGGUGGACGGAGUGGAUAUUGUGGGGCCGUCACCGGAGAAGCGCCUCUCCAAGAGCACGUGCACGCCCCUCAUAAACGCCAUCUACACCAAGCAGAAAGGGGUCGGGGCAGUAUAUCACCUCCAUAACACGGGAGCUGUCAUGGUGUCCAUGCUCUCACCUGGGGUCGAGUUUCGAAUCACCCACCAGAAACUCAUACAGGGAAUCAAAAAAUCCAAUUCAGAAAAACACUUUGAUUACUACGACACAUUAAUUGUGCCCAUAGUAGAAAACAAAUCCACUGAAGAUGAAAUUGUGGAUUCCUUACUUAACGCGAUGCGGGAUUACCCUGAAACUAGCGCCGUCAUCAUACGACGUCAUGGCAUGUACGUCUGGGGACCCACCUGGCAACGUGCCAAGGGAAUGGCGGAGUGUUACGAGUACCUGUUCAACGUGGCCGUUAAGAUGAAGCAGCUCGGCCUGGACCCGGAGGCCAUCCCCGUCCCACCAGAGGGCGCAUACACAUGAUGACGUCAUGAGGAACGAGACAUUAAAUGAUUUUAAGUCAAUUUCUUCACUAAAAAAUAUGUUAUGAGAUAGAUUGCAAGUAUGCAAAACGAAAAUCUUUUAUCAGUUUACGGUAAUCAAAAAGUUUAGGUAUUAUGAUAUUCGGAGUCCUUCUGUUACAACCAUUUACAUUGGCAUGGUAAUUAUACAUAAUCAAUUCAUAUCAAUAUUUUCACCUUAAGGGAGAUACUUAUGUAAAAUAAUUUUUAUAUGUACAAACUAAAUAUGGGUUAUUCAGAUGUAUGAUUAACACGUCAUGCGAAACAUAUAUAUGAAUAUAACAUGACUAUGUACAAAUUAUAAAGCCAGUGUAUGAUUAAAGAUAUAAAUCUUCGAAAUAAUAUGUCAAUAUUCACAAGUUCAUCACAAUUUCUUUGCUUAAAUCUUUUAACUCAAGGUGGUUGAAGAUAAUUUAUUCAAAAUACUGGUCAUUAGCUUUUAUAGUUUAAAGGUAUUUCGGAUUGCUUUUAUUUAUGUGUACGAGAACUCGAAGCAUUAUGUAUUCAAUACUUAUAUAGUACUGGAUAUUUGUUUUGAUCAUGUAUUAUAUAUUUCAAUAUCUAAAUAAAGAAAUACAAUAUUUCCA